AUGCGUCUUCCAGCCGCGUUCCGCGUGGCAGUCAUGGCGGCUGCCACUCUGUCGCUUUUGUCCCAAGCUGAGGCGCACUCUGUAGCCAUUGCAGGUGAGCCGAAUGUGGCUGCUGUUGAGGAGUUGAUGCCCUACCCGCCGCGCGUGUCGCGUGUGCUUGCGGCGUCUCCCCACACAGCGAAAGCAGAAGAAGAAGAGGUGACGGAAGCGCCUGUGAAGAAGCACAAGAAGAAGGCGCCACCCGCGACGGAAGCUCCUGCAGCCGAGGAAAAGAAGAAGAAGAAGGAAGAAGAGGAGGUCGACACGGCGCUUGAGGAGUUGGAGGCGCUGGAGGAAGAAGUGGAAAAGGCGGAAGCGGAAGAGGAGGCGGGAGCUGCCAAGAAGAAGAAGAAGAAAGUGGCGGCCACUCCGGCGCCUGCAGCUAGUGAAGAGGAGACGGAAGCGCCAGUGAAGAAGCCGGCAAAGAAGAAGAAGGUGGUCGAAGAGGAAAUCCCUGAAGAGCCGGAAGAGGAGAAGUCGGAGCAGACGGUGGAGGAGGAGCGUGAAAGCUCUGUCAAAGAGAAGAAGAUCAAGGGCAAGUCGAACGACGGCGUGAUUGAUCACUCGUCGGAAGGAAGCGCUGAAAUCGAUAAGAUUGAUCCCAACAACGAAGACGGGUGGGUCAGCGUGUACGACGACCCGCCGCUGCUGGUGAUCAAGGCGUCACUGUACGCGUUCAUUGCGUACAAUGACACGGAGGUGUGCGAUACGUUUAACAUGACGAUGAAUGCUGUGGAGCAGAAGGAGGAGGAGCAUGGACGUUAUGCUUACCACGUGGUGGCUUAUAUUAACUGCACGAAGAAUGGCGAAGACGAGACGCAGGGUCGGUUUAUUCUGAAUUUCAUUCCCGAAGGCAAGCGGCUAUUGCUGACCGAGUGCGGACACCGCGAGGAGGGGGAGAUUGUCAACUGGCUGCGCAUUCAGGAGGAAGUGCCUGAAUGCAUGACUCCGAAGCAGCGCAAGGAUUUCCUUGCGCAGCCCAUGAAGCACAUUCACGCUUCCAACGGUAGCACAGACGGAGAAGCUCUGCAGACGGAUUUCUUAACGCGACUCGAGGAGCUGGAUGGCGAGGAGGUUGCGAUCUUCGGGUCCGCUACUGUGGCGCUCAUUGCCGUGAUUGUCGUGCUGGUUGUCUUCUGCAUGCGGAAGCGCAAGGCCCAGAUGGAUUUGGAGCGCACCAUUGCUGGUGCUAAGGCGGAGCAUGCUGUUGAGGACGACGAUUUGCAGACGGAGGUAGACGAGAAGGCAACGAAGGAGCGCAAGGGUUUGAUGGAGAGUGCAAAGGGCAAGAGCAACGAUCCUGACAUGGAGGAAGGAUCGUUUGUGAACUCUCCUGCUGUGCGCGUGUAA